AUCAACUCAAUUGCUGGAGCACAUUCAUAAAUAGCUCUUGAUUUCACAUUUUUGCCAGAAGUAGAAUGGAUAUAGUGAUGCGAUUGGGGUCAGAAAAGCCAGUGGUGAUCUUCAGCAAGAGCAACUGCGGCAUUUCCCACGCUAUUAAGAUGCUGAUAUGCGGUUUCGGGGCGAAUCCUACUGUUUAUGAGCUUGAUCAACAUCCAGUAGGAACGGAAAUGGAGAAUGCAUUGCUAGCAUUAGGAUGCCAUCCAAGUGUACCUGCUGUUUUCAUAGGGAAGCAAUUUGUUGGUGGUUCCAACGAGGUUAUGGACCUCAAUGUCCAGGGUAAGUUGAAGCCAUUGCUCAUCAAGGCCAGGGCAAUAUGGAUGUGAUAAGCACAUAUAGAAUUUACCAUCUAAGCAAUUCAGCCUAGGU